GUUGCACUGCUCCAUCCACGCGCGCCAUUACAAUAAGAGGGCGUAUGCACUCACCCCCGCUUCUUAACGCACGUAAGCCAGGCGCAUUCCGAGGUGAUACCUUUUAUUCAUUCCCGUCAGUGCCUGGUACUUGCUAGGAAUACUUGGUAUUACAUUAGCUAGCAGCAGGACAGGGGCUAUGCUGCGCACUCCAGUGCAGCGCACUGGCCCUCGCUCGGGAAGCCAUGCACAGCGCCAGGCGGGCUUGCUACAACGUCAUGCACCUUGCCUGGUCGCGCCAGCGCGUCAGAGGCUGACCAGGCGAUCGAUGGUCAUCCACGCCAGCGCCUCGCAAGGCGACGCGGAAUCCCAGCCGGGCUUCAAGCAGGGCUUGUUCGGCUCUAUUGCAAAGUCGCUGUCCGACUACGGCAUCGGCAAGAAGAGCAUCUGGGAGGGCGGCGUGGGCCUGUUCGUGCUGGCGGGCGGCGGCGCGGCGGUGGCGCUGGUGGCGUGGGCUCGCGGCAACGCGCUGCGCACCGGCACCCCCUACCAGGCCACCAUCGAGUUCCCGCUGGCGUGCGGCAUCCAGAUCGGCACGCCGGUCCGUAUCCGCGGCGUGCAGGUGGGCCAGGUGCUGGCGGUCAAGCCCAGCCUGGAGCGGGUGGACGUGCUGGUGGAGGUGAACGACGUGUCCACGGUCAUCCCGCGCAACAGCGUCAUCGAGGCCAACCAGUCCGGACUCAUCGCCGAGCCGCUGGUGGACAUCACGCCGCAGGUGCCUGUGCCCGAUUACCGGGCCCUGCCUCACGAGCCGCGCUGCCAGGAUGAGUCGCUCAUCGUGUGCAGCAACGGACACAUACAAGGCCGGCAGGGUGUGGCGCUGGACGACCUGGUCUACAUCAUGACUAGGCUGGCCCGCCAGGCCGAGAAUGACGGCGUGGACAAGGUGUUUGCGGCCGCCGAGUCCGCAACACAGCUCAUGGAGAAGGCGGCGCCGCUGGUGUCCAGCGCGGCGGAGCUGGUGGAGCAGCUCACGCCGCUCAUGGCGGAGCUGCGGGGCGGAGGGCUGGUGGGCAACAUCGAGGCGCUCACCCGCACCGCCGCCGACGCCGCCGCCGACAUCCGGCGGCUGCAGGGCUCCGUGCUCACCGAGGACAACGUGCGCGCGCUGCGGCAGGCGGUGCUCACGCUGUGCAAGACUCUGGACCACGUGGAGUCCAUCUCCGCCGACGUGUCCAUCCUGGCGCGCGACAGCGGCGUGCAGCGCAACCUCAAGACCCUGGUGCAGGCGCUCAGCAGGCUGCUGGACGACUGAGGCGCGCGAGGGGCGAGGAGGAGGGCGCGGAGGAGGGUGUGGAGGAGGGUGUGGAGGAGGGUGUGGAGCAGGCAGGCAGGAAGAGGAGGAGGCAGGCAGCGGAAGGCGCAAGCGGAGGGCACAGCGAGGAGGUGGAAUGGCCGAAGUUUAUGCUGCUGAGGACACGUAGCGGUACCGGGGGCAAGAUGGUGUUAGUAGGGGGUGCCGGAGAUACGACGACGUUAUUGAAGUAGGGCUUUUGCGGAGGCCGGGAUUCUUGUUGGCAGCUGAGGAUGCGACUGGAGCAGCUGCAGUGCUUGCAGGGUCGUGGGAUGGUAAAUGUAUGUGUGUGCUAGCGUGUGGCGAUGCGCGGAGGUGCGUGCCAUGUGUCCUCGUGUGGUGUGUUGUGCAGGGCGCUGUGUAGCACGGUGAAGCUCUGUCUCGCGCGCGAGAGGCAUCCGGGCUGCAUGCUGCGCACAUGGGAUGACACACGCGGCCGGGUGCACGGACGGGAAGGCAGAUGUUUACAAGCAACACGCUCACGCAUCUGUCAGUUUGGUCCGCACUCGGCACUCCGCAGAGCAGCGAGGGUCGUACACGGCAGGGGGUGCCGUGUCGUGUCGCGGAGGCGGCGCCGCGGCGGAGCGGGACCUGAGGUCAUGCCAAUGCAAAGGACGCCAGACACGCCAACCCUUCGGAGCGGGGCCUUCGUUUCAGUGUCAUUUAAACGAUGGGAGCAGGCGGUUAAGCGAAGUCGCC